UUGAAAGCGAUCUGCGAAAGUGGCUGAGUGCGGCGUGAGCCCAGUGUUCGGGCUGCUUCAUUGAAAGUUGUCGUCUUACGGAACGGAUGAAUGGAGGGACGGACGGAGGGCUUUCUCGUUGGGUGAGCUCGUACUUCGAGAACUGUGACCGCGAAAUCCCGAACCGGCGUCGAAGCGACAUAACGCGGCGCUUUGACAUGGGCUACCUGAACAAUGUGCACCACGAACAGACAUUGGCCACCAUCGACCCGGACACGCAGGCGAGCGAGGUUCUGCGUCUGGAGCGCUUCAGUUGGGACUUCGCCAAGGCUGCCGAGGAGAGUCGCCAGGGGAUCGACCACUACGCUCGCCUCUACGCCAACGCCUUCGAGCCCGCCGAGAUUCUGCCCCAGGGCUGCAUCACGCCGUCCUCUCUGGUGUGCAUGGUGAGCGUGGUGGAGUUCCGAGGCUCGUGGAAGCAGGCGUUCGACGACCGCACCGCGACGCGAGAAACAUUCUACGAGUCGGACGGCAGCUUCACGCCCGUAGUGAUGGUGCACCAGACGGGGCGAUUUCGGUUCGCCAAGUGCACCGACCUGCGUGCCACGGCGAUCGAGCUGCCGUACGAACUACCCGGGAAGCGCCAGGGAGCCGAGCCGAGCCGAACCAGCGUAAGCACGCCCACAAGCGGUAUUGUCACGCCAGCCUGCAACCGCAGUGCGGAUGCAUUCGUGGGCCCGGAGUUCUCACUGGUGGUGCUUCUACCUGAGGAGAAGAACGGCCUUGAGCUCCUGGAAUCAAAGCUGAGUGCGUUUACUGCAAUGACCUGUUUUGACCACCUCAGAGCCCAGAAAGAAGUUAGGGUGAGCCUGCCACUCUUCAAGGUCAAACAGGUGACAGAUAUGAUACCGUUACUCGGCGCUAUCGGCGUCCGUCACGUGUUCACAGAGGACGCCGAGCUGUGGGGAUCAACGACAGGCGAGAAGCGGGUGACGCUGAUGCACCAUGCAGCCGCUUUCGAGACGGCCCAGACCGGAGGCCGGCCCCUGCCGCGCACCAAACCACAUUCGGGUCCCCUGCGCGCACUGGUUCACGGCUUCCGCACCUUGGUGAAGGUCCCGCGCCAGCGCGCACAGUUCACCGUCGACCGGCCCUUCGCGUUCUUUGUCACGUGCGCCCGCCCGCACGCACUCAUGCUGCUGGGUUCCGUGCGUCGCAUCUCCUCAUGACGUCACGAGCAAUUGAACUGCCCUUUUGCUCGCAGCCUGGUUGUUAUGGACACAUCAAUUCGCUAGUUUAUGCUGAACGUAAUUACGCAUGGCGAACUUUCCAGGUAAAAUAGAGGCUUCGCCUUGAUGCUACUCAAACGUGAUCCUUCAUGUGUGACUCUACUAUAUUUCUCCACAGUUCAAUGCACGUAAGAAGUAAGCCCGCCAUUGAAACCCGAGCUGCACUCUGACAGAGUGUUAAAACUACAUUGCAGCCAUUACAAAAGGGGUGCAAGCCAACGCACAUUACAAUUGCUGCAGCGCAGCCAUGACGACACCGACAUGGAGAGCACGUUGGCCGAUACACAGCACCUCUAACAACAUAAUCUGACUGGUAUACAGCCCAAUAGUAAAUUUCACUGCAUGCGGAAAAAAAAGCACAAGAACAAUGAUUUGAUUACACCAAGUUUGUUGUAUGCUGCAUUCCCCUCACAUGUGCAGAAAAACUGCAUUGGUCAAAGCAGUAAACG